AUGACUACUAUACACGUAGACGUGAACCCCUUUCCACCGAUUUAUUCUGCUGGGCCCUUGACAUGGGAGACACCCCUCUUCAUAACACCUACGGCCUUGCUAUCAUUGAUCGCAUUUCUUGGUUUGGGUCGUUAUUUGAGCACACGCUCUCAUCCAUUGUUUGUGGAUGCAGCUCGUUUGAAUCGACAACGGCGAUUGACAGCUUUAUCAAAGUUGGUGCUUGCCAUGUCUAUCACUAUCCUGUUGACAUUCAUGGUGGAUGCAGGCAUCUUUACAGCACGUGCCAUUCUCGACAAGCACUGGACAUCAACCGUACUUGCGUAUUACAUCGGCAUUUCAUGGCUAGCAUGGAUAUUAGGAUUGAUGGGCAUGAUCCAUGAAGCUCACAAUUUUGGUCGUUGGAGUUGGGUGCAGUAUACCUUUUGGAUGACGGCAACUUUGGGAGAGUCGUUAAUAGCUUGGUUGUGGUUUGUUGCAUUUCUCAGCCCUCGAACCGGCACUAUCUUUGACAAGUACGAUUUCAUGUUCUUGGGAACGUUUGCAAUGCGUUAUGGAUUGGAAGUGGGUACAAUGGUGCUUUGUUUGAUACAAAUGUUUAUCCGUGAACCACCAUCCCGGGAAUGGUCCCCACUGAUAUCAACACAAGCAGCAGCAUCAUCGUCAUACGGUAGUACUGAAGCGUUUCAAAAAGGACAACAGCCGACAACAACAGCCCCUGUACCUACCCAUUCAUCAUUUUCCAAAUUGUGUGCUUUACUAUCGUAUACAUGGCCACGAGGAUCACUAUGGUUGCAGCUGCUCAUGUUUUUAUGCUUUUUACUCAUGUGGGUUGCUCUCGCUAUUAACGCAAUGACACCGUUGGCGAUGGGGAUGCUCGUCGAUAGCUUGGGACACACCAAAUGGGCUUUUGUUUGUAUACUCAUUUUGGUGUAUAUGGGACUCAGGUUCUUGCGAGGAAAAUCUGGUUUCAUUCAAUGUACACAAAACUGGUUAUGGAUUCCUGUGGGGCAGCAUAUCUCAAAAACGAUGUCGCUCAACAUAUUGGAACGGCUUUAUGAUCUAUCACUCGCUUUUGAUCCCAUUCGCAAGUCCGAAGCUCUCAAGGUGUUUGAUCAUGCUAUCCCCAGCAUAGCACCCAUGUUGCCACAGCUCCUUUUUCAAGUCGUACCUGCUGUUUUGGAUGUUGUUGUGGCUGUCAUUCUUUUGUGGUUCCUUUAUUCACCAUCAGCGGGGCUCAUUGUACUCGUUACCAUGUCUCUCUACAUCCUCGUGACCAUUUCCUUUUCUAGUGAUGUUAUUCCAUCAUCCUCAUCCACCAACAAGCGCUAUCGUGACAUGCUAGACCGCAACAAUGAAACAAGGAUCAAAGCAAUCAACUCGAUUUUGAAUUAUGAAACAGUAAAGUACAACAAUGCGGAGCGCAUUGAAUUGGAGCGAUAUCGUGCAGCCUUGAUCAAUUGGGAAAAGGCUGAUUAUCGCUACAGCUCGUCACGUGUCAUCGCUCGGCUUGUGCAGCACACUAUAAUUGCGAGUGGAUUUUUGGCUGGAUGUCUUUUGUUUGCAUGGGAAGUCUCACAAGCACGAUGCACACCUGGUGAUUUUGUGCUAUUCAACUUUUACAUGUUGGGAUUGUGUGAGCCGCUUUCCGAUUUCGAUGCACAUUACCGAUCGAUACAAACCAGCUGGCUGGAGCUCGAUAAGGUUCUCGGGUUACUCAAAAAGAAACCGGCAAGUGGUGAAAAGAACGUUGUGAUCAACAAGGGAUCCAUUGUGUUUGACAAUGUACGUUUCAGCUAUGACCAACGACAUGCUGCUCUUAAGGGUGUCUCCUUUUCGGUCCAAGGAAGUACCAAGGUGGCUCUUGUGGGGCAACGAGAAUCAGGAAAAUCCACCAUUUCACGCCUCCUUUUCCGAUUUUACGAUCCAGAUUCCGGUGCCAUAUACAUUGAUGGGCAUGAUGUCAAGACUGCUAGUCUAAGAUCGAUACGACAGCAGAUUGGUGUGGUCCCGCAGGACAUUGUAUUGUUCAAUGAAUCGGUGUAUUACAACAUUGCAUAUGGCAAUUGGCAAGCUUCCGAAGAUGCUGUAUUCCGAGCUGCCAAAUUUGCACAAAUUCACAACACCAUUUUGAAAUACCCUGAUGCAUAUGAAACCAAGCUAGGCAACGGCGGAUUUCAGCUUACUCCUAGCGAGAAGCUAAGGAUUGCUAUUGCGAGGGCUUUCCUAAAGGACCCAGCCAUUGUCAUACUCGAAGAUGGAAACGAUGCUGUGGAUAGCUCAUCGGAUCACCAGCUGCAACAAGCUCUCUCGACAUUAACAGAAGGUCGUACAACAUUGGUGAUUGCACGUCAACUCUCUAAAGGUGUUAUGGAUGCGGAUAUGAUCUUUUUCAUGCAAGAUGGCCGAAUUGUUGAAUCUGGAACACACGAGAGCCUCACAAUGCCUGAAAAUAGAUAUCAUUGUCAAGGAUUAUACUACGACAUGUGGAAAAUGCAAUGCAUGGAUGAGGAGCAAAAGUACAAGCCCAACAAGGAAAACCUAAUGGCUGAAGCCAUUAUCUCAACGUGCCCCAACAUGAUACCAAAUGACAUUCCUCCACCAUCCAUUGACAACAACACCCAUUCCCGCAAGCCAGAAUCUUCUUUUGUGGAUGAGCCUGCCACUACACAGUCAUCCAUGAUGGACACAGAAAAGAAAAGUGAGGAUCAAAAAGUGACACAAAGAGAUGAAGGCACCGUUGCCAAGGUAGAAGAAAGCCCGAGAGAGACAAGUGAAGAAUAUCCAAAAGAUGAUGACAACACCAUCAAAGAAAGCCAAAAAGAAACAAAGGCUGGAAACAAUGGAUCAUCAAAGAAGAAAAAGAAACCCAAGACAAAGAAGCGUAAGAACUCCACAGUAUUUUAG